AUGUUUUACAGCCACGAAAUCCUCACAUCGUCCGAACAUGGCGUCGCCACAAUUUGGCUGGUUGCGACUCUAGGAACACGUUCCUUGUCCAGAAGACUCAACCGGAAGACUAUUCUUGAGGUGGACGUCCCAAAUGCCUGCAAGGUCAUCACAAAUCCGGAUGCACCGAUGGCACUGCGACUGCAGGGAAGCUUGCUAUACGGCGUCUCCCGAGUCUACAGCCAACAAUGCGGUUACAUUCUCCUUGACACACAAACGAUGCACGAUAACAUGAUCGCCAAGCUGAAGAUCAUAGCUGGAAGUGGCCUUGACCCUACAGCUGGGCAGACAAAACCAAGCAACCUCAUUCUACCUUACGAUCCAGCCUUCCUUCCCGAGACAGGUUUACCCGGUCUAGACAUCGACCUGUCUGUCUUGAAUGGCACAUUCGAAGAUACUUCAACGCAGCUGAGUGGUCUGUGGCUCAAAUCGCCCAACGAUGGCUCCUGGGGUGUUUCGCCUGUGGGCAGUUUGCAGAUAGAAUUGCCAUCUGAUGAUAUGCUCGAAGAGGAAAUUAUUCUGGCCCUUAAUGAUGCUCAAGGUUCUACACAGAAGAAGGGCGUGUUUGACAUUAUUGAUGGUCUGGAACUAGGAAAUGAUGAAGGAGGUCUUCUUCAGGCUGAUUUCGAGUUUGAUGAAGAAGGAAAUCUUGUAGAGCUUGGUUCGAGGGGAGGCUCACUCAAGCCACAGCCGAAGCCGAAUGUCGGACACCCUGCUCGUGAGGGCCCAGGUAUGAGUCUGGAAUGGGAUGAAGAUCAGAUGCAGUUCGAUACCAAGAUUCCUGUAUUAGCUGGUGAUGAGAACAUGAUGGAGCUGGAUACUGAGAUCCGCGCAGAGAACAACUUCGAAGGAGUGGAAGGCCAUGAUCAGACAAAAGAGACGGUUGAAAUCCCAGCCGUGGGAGCCAGACGAGUUUGGCGCCAAAAGAAUAUCGCUAUCGAUGAAAACACGGCGCUUCGGAAUGCGACAAUGGCAGAGUGGAAUAACGAGUACAUUGCAAAGAUGGCUCGAGCCACGGAGCAAAAGAUGCGGAACAAGCUGCCAACCAUUUCGAAGAAAAAUGCCGCGUUCUGGGUCUUCGGCCAGGGAAUCGGAUCUGUGGGUGUGCAGCUGGGCAGGUGGAAUAAACUACAUCCCCUCAAUCUGUACUCGGGCGAAGAGCUCUUCGACACAAUCAGCGGAUAUCCAAAACAAAACAGAAGAAAGCGUGCUAACGACGACGAAGACGACGAGCAGGGACGACGAGUCCGCAACAAGACAGAUGAAGAAGCGGAAUACCUCAGCCGUGAGAACCUCGACCGUCUCAACAGAGAGGUUGAAAUGGGUCGUGAUGCACCAUCCAGUCUAUUCGACGACCAUUCAUCCCAGAUGCCAUGGAACAUCACAGCCUCCAUCCAGAGCUCCCGCCACGGACACCGAUACGGCAGUGCCAGCGAGCUAUCAUCUCGAGCUUGCAAUGGCUCCCUCGGCCCAAGAGCUAGAGGACAAAACCGUCUCACAAGCGCCAGUCCCCUAGCCAGCCAUGGCUAUCGCGCCGGCCAGGAAGUGCUCAGCAGCAUGGAUCUACUCGGUGAUUUCGGUGAUGAUCUCGAUCUCACCCGGUAUCUCGAAGCUGAGCUUGCAACAGAUCGCGAGACUAUCGGCACUAUUUCCUCCCGUCGGAAUACUAAAUUGAAGCGUGCUACAUUGAAUCUCGAUCGCGAAAGCUUGAAUUUCUUUGAGUUCAUCAAGAGUAAGCUAGAGAUCAAACUUGAUGAUGAGGAUGAACAAAGUAUCGGGGGAAGUCCUGGUAUUUCCUUUUCUGGCACUCCGCCGACCAAGACUGGUCAGACUACAUUUUCAUCUCUUCUUCCGGUUGCGAAUACCACGCGCGCUGUCGCAACUCAGGGAUUGAUGAAUGUCCUCACGCUUGCUACAAAGGGUGUGCUUCGUGUUCACCAGUGCCCUUAUAUUGAUAUCAGCACUGAUGGUCUGGGAGUGUGCUAUCGUUACGGAGAGAUUCUCCUGCGUCUCUCUGGAAUGUGA